AGACAUUACGCGGGCUCAGUAAGCGCAUCAUUACGCUACAUUCCCCUCCUCACAGCAUCAGCUGAUCUGUCAAAAUAAUACGCAGCAGCUUGUGCGGUUAUGUGUGUUUGAACGACACGUUGAAGCCAUGGCAGCCAAGAUGGAGCUCGCUCCCCUCAGACCGUGGGAUGACUUCUAUCCCGGGACGGACAGAUUCGCCAAACCAGACUUCGGCGAUUUAACCAAGUGGAACAACAGAGUGAUUAGUAAUCUGCUCUACUACCAGACCAAUUAUUUCGCCGUGGCUGUAGUGGUGUUCGUCAUUGUUGGGUUCCUGAACCCGUUUGGCAUGUUCUUGGGAGGAGCUGUGGUGACUCUCGUCUUCAUGGGCUCCGUGUGGGCAGGAGAGAACACAGCAACUAUCAAGAACUUUAAAAAAAAGAACCCCACCCUGUUUGUCAUCGGAGUCAUGGCCACCAGCUACUUCCUGCUGUCGCUGUGUGGCGGCGUCAUGGUGUUCAUCUUCGGAAUCACCUUCCCUUUGUUGUUAAUCCUGAUCCAUGCCUCCCUGAGACUGCGCAACAUGAAGAACAGGAUGGAGAACAAGAUAGAGGGCGCUGGGCUGAAAAAGACACCCAUGGGCGUCAUCAUGGACCUCCUGGAUCAACAGGAGGAGAAAAUCAACAAGAUUCAGGAUUUCAUUGAAGGCAAACUGAAGGAAUAGAAAGGCUGAAAUUGUGGAGUGAGUGGAGGAGGUGAAGUGUCAUCCAGUCUAGAGUUAGGGUUUUUUUUUCUCAGCUUUGUACCUCACAGUAUGUCACCUUUUACCUCCCCUGUUCCCCCUCUGUUAAUGCAAAGUUACUCAAGUGUGUCCAUGUACCUUAUUACUCCAUGCAUUUAACUCUGUUUCCAUCUGAUGACGGAAUACAGAGACAGGCACAAUAAAAUGAUGAUGAGAUUUCUUUUCCAAAGACUAAAAGUUUGAUCAUUCCUUUUAACAGCUCAUGUUCCAAAAUGCAGAAUUCUUUGAGGGUUUGUAGGAUUUCAGCAAAGGGAAAAGUUGAGCGUUUUCACACAGUUCGACAACAGCUCCAUCCUUUCAUUUUGCUACCUCAAAACAGACCUGAUUUUUUUUUUUUUUAACAGCUCUCUGAUUUACAGCCAUACGUGAGAUUAACAUCAGGUUUAUGUAGAAGCUGUGUGAGUACUGAUCUCAGACCAGUUUGUUUCCGGUUUAUACAUUAUUAUGUAUACGGCCAUAAUUAAUAAUAUUCAACGUUCAAAUAUUACAUGUUUGCACAGUUCCUUACCACAGAGGCUGUACCGAGUGUAUCCCCUCUGUCCAUAGCUAUGCAAUUAAAAAAAUAAAUAAAUAAAAGAAUGGCAAGCGCAGCUGUAUUAUUUGAAUAUUAUGCCAUGUUGUUGACUUGUCUGUUGGUGUUUUAGAUCUGUCUUUGUUGUCAUACAGUUAUUUAGCAUGCACUAAAGCGUAAAUGGUUGCAUAUGAAAAAUUGCGAAACCACGCGAGGGGUAAAAGCAAAUGCAACAAACCUGUGUUAUAAGAUAUGGGAUUAAAUCUGUCAUCUCAAAUGUUGGGUAUAUUACUGCAGUACUCCUGUUAGACAUGGCAGUUGUUUCUCGUUGCUUUUCGUCCCUAAACUGCAGUUUGUGCAUGCUGCCGUCACAAAUUGCAGCCCAGACUGAAUGUGUAUGUAUACUAUAAAAUACCAAUGUGUCAUUGUAUGGUUUAUUUUAGUUUUUUGUUUUUUUUUCGAGAACGUGAUGAAUAAAUAAACAAACC